UUGGUAGCCGGUAAAGUAAAGAUACAUUUCAAAAUAAAGCACAAAAAUUAUUACACUUGUUAUUCAUUCAUUCUUUAGUACUUUAUUAUAACUGAAGUUGAACUUUAUUUCUAUAAUGCAUUUAAUGCACAGGAACUUAAAACUUUUGUCACAAUGCCUAUUACCAAACACAGCUUUAUAUUCAAUGCGAUGUUACACUAUUAAGUUUUCUGGAACGGAGCAAAUAGAUUACUUAAAUUCGGCACUGGAAGAAAAAGUAACAGAUUGGGCUAACUUAAAAAGUAAAAUUCUUAAUAUACAAGGUAUCUUAAAUGAUAAAAAUGUUGAUGCUGUUAUACUUAAAACAAUAGUUAGAAACAGAAAAAUAGAUUUAGCAUUGUCAUAUUUGGAUUAUUUAAAGAGUUCCACAUCAGUGUUAAAUAUAGGUGUUACCAAUGGUAUCCUUAACUUGUAUUAUCAAAAAGCAAAAGAGACCCCAUUGAUUGAAUCAGAAAAAGAAUUUAUUUUAAGAACUUAUGAAGAUCUUUAUGCCAAGUACAAAGUUUUGGAUUAUUCCACUGCAGAGACACUUUUACAUGCUGUAUGUGCUAUUGGUGAAUGGAAGAAAGCUUUAAGAGUAUUAGAUGAUAUAAUAAUAAGUAGUACCCCUAGUCAUUCAGCAUACAGCACAUUAAUAGGAACUCUAUUUAAAUGUAACAAAGAAAAAGAAGCAAUGGAUAUUAUACAGAGGAGUGUAGCAGAUUUAAGACCAUUACAAUGUUAUGCUUACAAUGAAUGGAUUGAAUAUUAUCAAAGAAAGUACAAAACUAAAGGAACAAUUAUAAAGUAUCUAGAUAAAAUUUGUUGGCAUAUUUCAGCAAAUAGUACACUUAUUACAAAAGAGACUGCAGAUAAGAUACAAAAUGCAUAUGUUUCUUUAGGAUGGAAGGCAGAUUUUACAAAAAUAAGGCAGGAUAGUGGCCAGUGUAUGUCAUGUAACAGUUCAUUAGAUUGUCUUAAAAUAUCUGAUGAAGAUUUUAAAUUACUGCAAAAUGAUGUUAAGAAUAAACUCAUUGUUGGAUCAGAUUUGUUUCUCAAGACAUCACCGAAAGAAUUGAGUGCAUUUUUAAAGUUUGUUGAUACAACUGCACCAUAUGAUAUUGUUUUAGAUGCCUUGAAUAUUGCUUAUGCUGUACGAAAAGGUUCUCACAUACAGAAAAUGGCAUUGUUAAGAACAGUUGUUGAUCAUUUUGAUAGAAAAAACAAGAAAAUAUUGUUAUUGGGGCGUAAACAUAUGUUAAAGUGGCAUAAAAAGACCCUGGAAUAUCUGAUGCGUAAAACAUGUAGCUUUUUUACCGAGGAUAUCUCACAAGAUGAUCCUUUCUUUCUAACUGCGGCUAUUUUAAGUGGACCUAAUACAGAUAUAGUGUCCAAAGACUUAUUGCGUGGACACAGAUUUAUAUUGAAAGAUGAAAAGCUAAAGCAGAUAUUUCAAAGAUGGCAAUGGCAGCAUCAGUGGAAAGUCUUUGUAGUUAGGAAUACAGUUAUAAAGCCUCCACUACAAUAUACACCAUGUGCUCAGAAAAAUGACGAUGGCUGGCAUCUGCCGUAUGAGAAAAUAAAUAACGACGAGAAAGGAUUUUUACACGACGGAAUCCCUGAUAGCUGGCUUUGUUUACGUUCAAAAGUUAUUAGAUAAUCAUGCAAUAAAUGUGUUUU